CCCGCGGCGGAGGCCGAGGGCGGGCCGGGGCGGCGGCGCGGGAGGGCAAAGGGGCAGCGGCAGAGCGCUCCGGGCCGCCAUGGUGCUGGUGGUGGUGAUGGGCGUCAGCGGCUCAGGGAAGACCACGGUUGGGUCGCGGCUGGCAGAGAAGUUGGGAUGGAAAUUCUACGAUGCAGACGAUUAUCAUCCUCUAGAGAACAAGAAGAAAAUGGAAGAAGGGAUACCACUAAAUGAUGAGGACAGGAUUCCUUGGCUUUGUGCAUUGCAUGAUAUAUUAAGGAGAGAAGACACAUCUAGACAAGAUACAAUUCUGGCCUGUUCUGCACUGAAGAAGUUGUACAGGCGUGUGUUAAUUGGUGGAGCAUCUGCAAUUGAAAGCAACCAGCCAGAGCAACCAGGAGAAAACCCAGCACUGAAGAUCCUCUUUGUUCAUUUGGAUGGACCUAAGGACAUUAUUGCAGGCCGCCUGAAGAAGCGGAGAGGUCAUUUUAUGCCACCUGAACUUCUCCAGUCUCAGUUUGAUACUCUAGAGCCACCCAGUGCACCAGAAAACUUCAUUACUGUCAGUCUAGAAAAAUCUCUCCCAGAAAUACUGCUACAGAUUGAGAGCGCCAUUCUUCAGGGUGAGGCUUUGCCAGAGUAAUUUUCUGAAUGACACAUAUAGAAAUUCCCUGAAGGACAGCAAGACUAUGAGACAGGAUUUUAAUUAUUAAAUUGAUUAUUAAAUCAAACCAACUUAUUUUUAAGAGGUGGUUUACUACUCAUUUCUUUAUCAUGGCUCUGUACAAGACAUAUAAGAUGUCUUUUACAUCUUUUGCAUACAAGAUGCAAGAACUGUUAACUUUUUAAGCCCGUCACUCUAUGAAGUUACAGAUCUCGUUUCAGUAAGAGCCUGCUUUUGAAAAUCCUGGCAAGGGUCACACAGAAUAAUUUAUUUUCUUAAUUUUAAUAUUUACUCUGUCAGACACAGGGUUGGGCACAUCUGCUAUUACAAGAUUAAAUAAUUUAGAGCUUUGUUAAAAAUAACGUCAUUUUCCUAGAAGAGACAGGAACAUGCAUGAUAAAGUUCCAUACAUUACACUACCCCUGUCUCACUGCUGGAUUUUCAUCAAGUUGUAGGUUCCGUGUUUGUAUUCUUGUUGACCUUACCAGAGCACUGAUGACUUUAUGAAAACUUUCCUGAUCUCUUACUGUAUGCAUUGGCCACCAAGCUGAAAAAUGUGAGGAAAAAAAAAGGUAGUGGUGGUGAUGCAGUAUACAAAAUUAAAUUGAAUUGAAAGCUUUAGAAAUAAAGCAUAAGUGGCAUCAUACUGACUCUGAACUUAGAGCUUUCAUGUAUAAAGCGUGCACAUUGCAGUCAAGUGCGAGUCAAUCAGUGAUUUAAGGUACUGAAUGCAAGGUUAAUACACAUUUCCUUAUUUUUGAAAACUUCCUCUUUUGCAGUUGGACCUUCUCCUUCACUUCCCAGUGCUGGUGGGCAUGUCAAUGCAAUUGCUUUAAAGCUUUUGAUCAAACUACUCCUAGUAUGUAUUUUUCUUAUCUUUUUUGAUGAAGAUGAGAAGAAAAUUCCAAAUACCCAGUCAGUCACCUAGCUCACAGAAUUUAAGGUUAAAGUCCUUUUUUACCACCAAGGUGUUUUUCAAAAAGUACUUCAUGUUGUGUUAUACAAGACAUAACUUUUCAGCUUAAUGUUAUAAAAACUUCAGAUAGUUUCUGUAAGAAAGAUUUGAGUCUUGUCCAAAUGGAGACAUCUCCAUGUGCUGUCACACAUGGGUAAUUUUUAGUAUGUCAUGCUUUUUUUUUUUUUUUUCCUUCUUCCUGGGAUGACAGAUGAGCUCUUGCAGAAGAACACCUCAUGUUUGAAAGCAUCUUUAGUACAAUUUUUACCUGGGUAAAUAGUUGAAAAACAUUAGUCACAAUUCUCAGUACGCAUGAAAAUAGUAAAGGCUUUGUGGUUUACUAGACAAAUUACUGUGCUUAAAUUAGUGCAAUAAAUGGGCAUUAUCUUAGUGAAAGCAGCAAUUUUUAGAGUUGGGAUUUUAGGCAUCAAUGUACCCAGACAUAGUGUUUUCCUGUUCAGUUGUGACCUGAAGGGAGAAUACCAGGCAGUUACCAAUUUUAGUCUAUUACAGGGUGCUCUCAUCUCAGAGCCUGUUUGUUCCAAGAGCCAGGGUGCAAGUUGAAGACAUGGAGUUAAGUGCAAGAGACAGGGAUGUCUGUAUGCUUAAUACCCUCAAAUUUCAGAGACCCCCUUCAGACCAAGUGACAUGUCAGAUCUGUACAAAUUUUGUAGCUAUGAAAAUCACAGACACAGCACCCUCUUGUGGCACCUCUGCUGUUAAGGAGGUCUUCAUCUUUUCCAAUACACCAUUUUACACACAGUUGACUAAUAUACCUAUUAUAAAAUACAGAUUUGUGCUUACUUCUUUCACACACAAUAAAGCCAGACCAGGACACUCUACAGCAGCUGCAUCCUGUCACACACAAAUAUGAUCAGACCUUCAAGUAAUUUUUUUUUUUAAAGGGACAGUUUUAAGUGUGAGUUCUGAGAAGGCCAGACUGAUUUUCAGAUCUGCUUGUCCAUGUUUACAGAAUACACUCAAAGUGACUUCACCACUUUCACCACCACCAAAAAAUUGUAUUCAACAGUUAAAAAUAAUUCUCUUUCAGAGAGUUUUAUAUAAGCAGCUUGGAUUUUGGAAGGCUUCUAAACAAAGUUCAUACUUACAGGCAGUUCAUGCUUCUUCAAAUAGGUCAGGGUAUUUCUUAGUCUUUGCUUCUAUGUUGGGAAUAUUUCCCUUACCCUUUUAAUAUAUUUGCAUUUUGCUUUUACUUAAAAGAUACUGCAAAGAAGGUUGCUGUCAACCUAAUCAGUUGUCUGUUACCUGCUAUUCUGAAAGACAACAAAGCAUUAUUUCUGUUCAGUUAUAUUCUGUGCAUUACAAAUUAAUAGAUUAAGAUGUGAAUUAUUGCAAUACUAACAACAAAAAACUACUCUCAGAUUUUAAUCAAGCUGUGCACAUGUGCAUUGGAAGAAAAAGGUAGCAGAAUAAUCCCUGCCCAAACACAAUUCUACAACAUUUCAUUUACUUGAUUUUGGUUUAAUUUGGGUGUUUUUUUCUGUUGUGAGGGUAUAUUUUUUGGUUUUGUUGUUGCUGUUUUUAAACUAACACCACAUUUCUAGGGAUGUUGUAUUCAGGUUAGUUGAGCAGGCUACUAAUAUUUAGCACAGUUUAUCUGGAUGCAAGUGCUGUCUGUGUAUUUUGAAAUGUAUUUAGCAAAUGCAGCAAAAACUGAGGAGGAAACACCUGGAGUUAGAAAUUGCUUUUUCUGUCUCUAAGCACAAAUUAUCUAUGCAAGGUGCAUGCACUAUACAUCCUCAUGAAUUUAUGCUGAGCACAGUUAGUAACAUGCUGUGUAAAUACUGUACCUACUACAGCAUAAACAUUUUUCAGUGCUAAAAUGAGGAAGUAAAAAUUAAAUGC